AGGAUUGCUUUUAACGGAACGAACUUAUUCUUUUCUUGAAUCACGCAUGUAGAAUGCCGAGAAACAUUUGAAUUUUACACGCACGUUGAGAUGCACGAAAAUUUUGAACUAUAAAAUAUCACAAUAAAAUUCGCAAAUGCACAAAAUUUAGACAAGAGAACAUCAAAUUCAAAUCCAGGCAUUUACUCCCGAGGCGUUUCCCAGAAACCAAUCUUUGUCAUCAAGAAAUCGUGAAAACAUAACAAAUAAAAAAAGAAACUAUAUGAUUUACUAUCUUGGAGACAGAUCACGAUGAAGUGUGUGAAAGAUCCAUUCGUACUGUUUAUAUUUGUGAAUUCACCUUAUUAGAGUACAGCACCAAUCAUAGGGUGCUCAGAAGUUACUGAAAUGAACACCAAUUCGUGUUGCGUUGCGGGAAUCGGCUAUCGAAGAAUAGUUUUGUUUAGGAAGAAAAUGCGUACAAAAAGAAAUUCUAAUUACGUAUUUCUUAAAGAAGUUUUCUAUAGUUAUUGAUGUUUAUUCACGUUAAUAUAAUUUUCAUUUUUUUAAGAUUAAUGGUUAUGAAUGCAGAGUAUUUAAUACUGUAAUAUAGCAGUUGUUCUACCACAAAUAUGAGCUAUUCUCAGGAAGAAAUAGAGAAGAAACGUUUAUUGGCAUUACAACGAAAGCAACAAUCUCAGGUGAAAAACAAUUUAUCUAAUGCUGGCCGAACACAGAGCAGCACACCUUCCACCAGUGUUAUCAACAAUGAAAACAAAUCAUUUAAUACAAAUAAAUUGUUUCAACAUGGAGGGAACAAGUUCUCUCAAUUCAAAUCAAAAUUUCAAAAUAAUUCUUUUAACAAUAAUACAAAAUUCAACAAACAAAAGGAACGCUUCAAUCCUUUAGAAACGAAAAACUUUUUUGGACAAAAGGCACGCAUAACUGGGAAAUGCUAUAUGAUAAGUGAUGACAGGUUUAUGUUAGAAACAUCAACCUAUUUUCCACCAGUCAUUGAAGUAUAUAAAACAAUUCCAAGUAAAUGCUAUGAUAUGAAAACUAAAGCUUGGAGUUUUAAUAUAAAAGAUUAUGAAGACUUAAUGAAAAAACUAAUUACAUUUAAAUCCGAUAUACAGAUAGCAGGAUUACCAAAAAAAGUUCUUCAGGUAUUUAGAAAAAAUAACAACUCGGACAGAUCUGUUGAAAACGUUACACCGUCCUCAGUCAGGUAUCAAUGGGCAGAAGCAAUAUCUACAUUUUUGCCAUCUGUGCCUACACACUAUGUUCAUAAUUUUAUAAAUACACAUGAUUUCGUUGGUGAUAAGAAGAUAGUGAUUACAUCUUAUGAUCUCUUAGUAAGGGCUUUAGAGAGAUUUGAACGACAUACCUUUGGAUUUGUUAUUCUGGAUGAAUCUCAUACUUUAAAAAGUGCUAAAACUGCUAGAUAUAAGGCUGCACAACGUAUAACUUCCAAAGUAGGUCAUGUUGUUCUACUUUCUGGAACACCAGCAUUGUCAAGACCAAUAGAACUGUAUUCUCAACUAAAUCUCAUAAUGCCAAAUUUCAUGGGAUAUCAAGAAUAUGGAAACCGUUAUUGCGCUGGAGAGAAAACUGCUUAUGGAUGGGAUUUCAAAGGGUCGUCGAACAUGCAAGAGUUACAAUUAUUUUUAAAACACACUUGUAUAAUUCGAAGAUUGAAAAAUGAAGUGAUGAAAGUGUUACCAUCAAAGAAAAGGGAAGUCAUUGUACUGGAUCCGGACUUAAUAAAAGCUGGUACAAAAGAAAUGGAAGAGAUGUCCAAAGCGUUAGAACGUACAACUUUAAAUGGCAUAGAAAGACAUGCCGCUCUUUUACAGUAUUACAAUGAAUCCAGUAUUGCCAAGCAGAAAGCUAUAUGUGAUUACGUUGCUAAGUUAUUCAAAAAUAAACAGAAAUGUCUCAUUUUUGCCCACCACCAAAAUAUUUUAGAUGCCGUUUGUGAAGUCGCAGAAUCUAUGGAUAUAAAAUAUAUCAGGAUAGACGGAAAGACGAAUCCCGAGCGAAGAAAAUAUCAGGUUGACAAGUUUCAGAGUUGUGACAAUUAUUUGGCUGCAGUAUUAUCAAUUACAGCAGCAAACGCUGGAAUUACAUUAACGGCUGCUCAACUCGUGGUAUUUGCUGAACUGUUUUGGAAUCCUGGGAUCAUAUGUCAGGCGGAAGACAGAGUACAUAGAAUCGGUCAAAAUGAUGAUGUUCUGAUCCAGUAUUUAGUCGCUAAACAAACGGCAGACGAUUACUUAUGGCCUUUAAUCCAGAAAAAAAUGAAUGUCUUAAACGAAGUUGGUCUUGAUCAUAAUUUUUCACUUACUGACAUCAGUAUUACGAAACAUUCAUUGGAUUCCAAACAGAAAACCCUGGAUUACUUUAGAGAUAACGUUAAAUCUCAGUGUACGACUGAUGAAGAAACUACACAGAAGACUGAAAAUAAUAAUAGCUCAAGCAAUUCUUCGAAAGAAGAUAUUGCAGCAGAAGAGGAGAAGAAAGACUUACUUGAACUCAGCGCAGAAGAUUUUAAUUUCUGUGAUUGGGAUGACUGGGAGUAAAUUAUUUAUUUUUAUAUUAUCUGUUAUAUAAACUGUAUAUGAAGAAAAAGAUCCGAUAAUUAUUGUUUUAAGAAUAAAGACUAGUUUCA